AGCCAAGAAUGUCUGGAUGUCGAACACCUCUAGCGCCAUGGGCGGGAGGGGUGGACCAUUCUUCUGGGACCAUAUCCAACUACUUCUCCGGGUGCGAAGUGACAUCCAACCGGUCGACACCCAAUCGGCAGACCUUGCCGGCAGGCAAGGUUACCCGGAGAUUAUUUUUGUUUAAUGCGCGUACACAGCCAAAGCAGAUUAGGAACUGUUGGGAGUCUGGGUGUCCCCAAGCCUUUCAGCUCUCGGUACCAACGACCGUCCAGCAGAGCCAUCGACAUGGAUGAACUGGCUAUAGCACGAACCAAGUUAGCCCACUUAGAGGAAGAUGAACGACAGCUUCUUGAACAACUAUCGGACGUCCGUGUAGCAGCGGUGGCGCAGAGUAAGAGGACGAGGAACCGGUGCGUAAAAGACCACCAUCCAUCGCCUCCUUGCAGAAUUACUCUCGUCAAUUCUGCGUCUUGCUCUCCGUGGAACAGACUCUACGCGAAAGAAGAUCCUGGCACGUGUAUGGCGGCAUUGGAGGGAUGUGAUGCUGAACCAGCCAAGUUUCCGGUCUACGGUGGAGAUUGGUGGUGGACCGCAAUUGGAUCCCGUAAGGGAAUCACCCACAUCCUGGGACAGUCUUGGUGAAGGUCUGGACCUCCUCAUUCCUUGUGCAAACCGCUGCGGUAGUCUUUCCAUUUAUCCAUGUUCUUCGACAUCGCCAAUGCCGAUGCCUCAGUUCAUUUUGAACUGUAUUGGUGGUAUCGAGCUUCCUUCCUUAAAACGUGCUCUGCUUGAUUUGAGAGUGACUACCUUU